AUAGACACUGUCCCAGAAAGAACGGGGCUGUCGUGCACUCUUGUCUCGGGCAAACAUGGGUAACUGGGUGGAGAAUGAAGGACUGUCCAUCUUUGUCGUUCUUGUGUGGUUGGGGUUAAACAUCUUCCUCUUUUGGUGGUUCUAUCUUGCAUAUGAUCUCCCACAAAAUUUCUUCUACAGCAGAGUACUCCUUGGCCGUGCUUUGGCUCUGGCAAGAGCUCCUGCAGCAUGUCUGAAUUUCAACUGCAUGCUGAUUCUGCUGCCAGUAUGUCGAAACUUGCUCUCCUUCCUGAGAGGAUCAAGUGCGUGCUGCUCUACCCGUAUCAGACGGCAACUGGACAGGAACCUCACCUUUCACAAAAUGGUGGCAUGGAUGAUCGCCCUUCAUACUGCAAUUCACAUCAUUGCACACUUAUUCAAUGUAGAGUGGAGCGUGCAUGCACGUGUUGAAGAGGAAGGAACAUUGGCAGCUGUGCUUUCUAGACUUGGUGAUGGCCCAAAUGAAAGCUAUAUCAACUUUUAUAGACGAACUAUUCCGAAUCCUGUGGGGGGCUUAUAUGUGGCUUUCACAUACUUGGCUGGUAUCACCGGUGUUAUCAUCACUCUGGCCCUCAUACUAAUCAUCACAUCAUCCACCAAAAUCAUCCGAAGGUCAUAUUUUGAAGUGUUUUGGUACACUCACCAUCUUUUUGUCAUCUUCUUUAUUGGCCUUGUCAUCCAUGGUGCUGGGCGCAUUGUGCGGGGACAGACAGCUGAGAGUCUGGCUGAACAUAUUCCAGAGAUGUGCUCUAAGAAUUUCACUGACUGGGGAAAGAAAGGAGCUUGCCCUGUCCCUCAGUUUGCAGGGAAUCCUCCUAUGACAUGGAAAUGGGUAGUAGGUCCCAUGUUUUUGUACCUCUGUGAGAGGCUGGUGCGGUUUUGGAGAUCACAGCAGAAGGUUGUUAUCACAAAGGUGGUGAUUCAUCCCUUCAAGACAAUUGAGCUCCAGAUGAUGAAGAAGGGUUUCAAGAUGGAGGUCGGGCAAUACAUUUUUGUCAAAUGUCCAGCAGUGUCUAAACUGGAAUGGCAUCCAUUCACAUUAACCUCUGCCCCAGAAGAGGAUUACUUCAGCAUUCAUGUCCGUAUUGUAGGAGACUGGACAGAGGGCUUGUUCAAUGCCUGUGGAUGUGAUAAGCAGGAAUUCCAGGAGGCAUGGAAGUUGCCCAAGAUAGCUGUAGAUGGUCCCUUUGGAACCGCUAGUGAGGAUGUGUUCAGUUAUGAAACUGUUAUGCUGGUUGGAGCCGGGAUAGGGGUAACGCCAUUCGCAUCUGUGCUCAAGUCUGUCUGGUACAAAUACUGCCACGAUGCAACCAACCUAAAACUUAAGAAGAUCUAUUUUUACUGGCUUUGCAGGGACACUCAUGCCUUUGAAUGGUUUGCUGACCUCUUGCAGUCUCUGGAGACUCAAAUGCAGGAGAGGAAUAAUGCAGAGUUUCUCAGCUAUAACAUCUACCUUACUGGCUGGGAUGAAACUCAGGCCACUCAUUUUGUAAUGCAUCAUGAAGAGGAGAAGGAUGUGAUUACAGGCCUUAAACAGAAAACACUGUAUGGAAGACCUAACUGGGAAAAUGAGUUCAAAACCAUUGCGAGGCAGCAUCCGGGUUCCAGAAUAGGUGUUUUUCUCUGUGGACCUGAGGCUCUCGCUGACACGCUCAGCAAGCAGAGCAUCAGCAACUCAGAAGCUGACCCACGAGGAGUACACUUCAUUUUUAACAAGGAAAACUUCUAACUCCCAGACACGUGGCAGUCAUUCAGUACAAAGUCUGAACACUGAUCUCUUUCUGUUUGGAGUCUGGGAAGGACAGCCCAGCUUCUAACUCAGCUACACUAACACAUAUCCCAUUGCUUCUUUGGAGUUAUUUUGAUGCUGUGGUAGAGUAAGAAUCAAGUUUCACCUUAGGAAAGUUUGCACUGCCCCCCACAUGCUGGCAAUUUAGCCGAAACCUAUUUGUCUUCAUGAGGGGAUUUCCUCUCAAAUAACUGCCUUUAUCCUCCUGUUAUUCAUAGUGACUGCUGAAGGUUGUAGGCAGCCAUAUGCAUUUGGGAUCCAAUUCACAUUGAUAAAGCUUAAUGCUAUUAAACAAGAAAGCAUUCUGGUGUAAUGCUUGCUACUUAGAGACAGCUUACGCUGGCUAUCGAGAGUACUUUGAAAUAAGAAUUUAGGAAAGGGUGAAGGGGAAAGAUUUCUCCUUAAAACAGAAAAUCUGCUUUGAACACAAGCAACUCUCGGGUUUCCAAAGACAAGCCUAACCACCCUGUCGAGGAGGUAGUGCGAGCAGCUGAAAAGCAGCCAGUUCUCUUUAGGAAAGCAGAGUACUGAAAAGGAGCCACCUGGAUGUCAGAGCACCACUGCCAACAUGCCACAGCUGCAGUCAAGUUUGCAGACAAGUUUGUGCAGCUAUCUGGUUGUAUGCGGCAUAUUUUACACCUCCAUCUUGCACUAUGCGCUACCUCAGAAGGACAGAUUACCAUUUGGUUAUAUAUGAAUAGGAAACUGCCAUAUGACACAUCUGAAAGGCAGGAAGUCACAGCUGGUAAAUGCUAGUACAGAUCAACCCUUGGGGAAAUUUUCAGUUCUUUCCCUCAAAGGGGCCAUGUUUGAAUCUACAUAAUUCUGUUUGCAACCCACUUAUUAAAUGAGAACAGAGCUUAAGCGGAAUUAAAGAAGCUUCUUUGUUGGAAUAAAAUGAAUUGCUACUGAAAUGAUAAGGAUCUCAUGCUGCACAGGGAGCACUGAAAUAUUUGGCUUUGAUUUUAAUGAAAAUAUCAUCAGAA